AUGAAAUUAUCAAAUAUUAUUUUACUAAAUUUAUUUUCAUCAACCUCUUUAUCAUAUCUUAUCAAAACAGAGAACCUUAACAAUAUUGAAUUGUCUAAUUUGGAUGUAACCGGUCAGGAAAGAUUUAAUAACAACCCGCAUUAUAUUCAUAAUAAUAAAAGAACAGGAAAUGACACAAAAGAUGAUAAAGAAUCCCAACAAGAAAAUACAGUCCAAAACGAUGAAAUUUUAUGUCCAAUGGAAAGUCUUAUCGUUGAAAGACAAAGUGAUUUAUCAAUAUUAGAUCAUUGCAACACAAUCUUUAAUGAUUUGAUUAUCACUUCGGAGUAUAAAGAAAAUGUUUUAGAUUUAAAAAAAUUAACCACCAUUCAAGGCCAUUUAAUAGUAGACAAUUGUGACACUUUAAUUAAAUUUGUGGCCCCAAAUUUACAAAAAAUUAAUGGAGAUUUUGUAUUAAACUCUUUAACAUCAAUAGUAAUUUUAGAAGUACCCAAUUUGAUUGACGUUAAUUCUAUUCAAUGGAAAAUUCUACCAAUUUUAAAUCAAGUUGAAAUUAAUCCAAAUAUAAUGGUCCGUGAAACAAUAAUCAUUUCAGACACAUCCAUCUCCAAUUUGGAAGGGUUCUAUCCAAUUAAAGAAUUAGACACGUUUAACAUCAAUAACAACAGGUUUUUGGAAACUAUUAAAGCAAGCUUAGUCAAUGUUAGAACACAAUUUACAAUUCAUGCAAAUUCAAAGGAUUUGCAAAUUGAAUUACCUUUUUUACAAGAUGUUGAAAACAUGACAAUUAGGGAUGCACACUCAAUUUGGUUACCAAAUUUAAAAACUGUCAGAACUAACUUGGAGUUUAUUGAAAAUGGUUGCGUUGAUUUAGAUUUAGGAACAUUAGAGACUGUCGGUGGAACAGUUGGAAUUAUUGACAAUAACUAUUUAUCCAAAAUGUAUUUUAAUAAUGUAACAGAUAUUCAGGGUGGGCUAGUCAUUGAUAAUAACCCAAGAUUAGAGAGUAUUGACACCUUCCAAAAAUUGAAAACAAUUGGAGGUGCAAUUCAAUUUAAAGGAAGUUUCAAAGAUACAAGUUUUCCUAAUCUUAAAUUAGUUAAAGGUAGUGCCUUUAUUAAAUCUUCAUCAGCUGAGAUGGAUUGUAAUAAAUGGAUUAGACCUCUAAAUGGCAGAUCAAUUAUUCGUGGGGGGAAAAUCAAAUGCACGUCACACAAGAAGCAAAAUUCUAUUAGUUUGGAUGAAGAUGGUAAGAUCAUUGAUAUGCAGCAAAAUGAAGUUAGUGAUGAAAAAGCCAAUGUCACGGUCAUUCCAAAUACUGCAACAACCAGUCCACAUUUAAAAUGGGGGCAACUAAUCUUUCUAGUAACUUGUCUGUUGAUGCUACACCUCUGA